AUUUUAAAAAAUUCGCGGGCUACUUUUUCAAAUAUUUAAAUACGCAUUUUUUCAUUAUAUUUUUGAUGGCAAUUUAUUUUUAUAUUUAAAAAUUUGAAAAAUUGCUGACUGUCAGUUAUAUUCAGACGCAUACAAAAAAAUAUCCAUUGUACAAAUGAUAACCUAUAAAAAUUAAUACCUUUUCGAAAAAACAAAAAUAAUGCAUCUGAAUAGACAAAGAAUGACAUUAAUAAAAAACAUAUGUAAUAAAUUAUUUCUACCAAAGAAUGAGUUUGCAAAAACCUUUAGAUUUAAUUUUAGUACAUACGCAAAUGAGGAACAAAAAUCUCAGUGGAAUAACAAUGAGGAACCGACAACACAUUUUGGCUUUAAAACCGUCAAAGAAAGUGAUAAAAGUAAAGAAGUUUACACAGUAUUCGAAAAAGUUGCUGACUCUUAUGAUUUAAUGAAUGAUGCAAUGAGUUUUGGUGUACAUCGACUAUGGAAAGAUCUUUUCAUUCAAGAAUUAGCACCUACGCAUGGUAGUAAAUUGUUAGAUACAGCAGGAGGAACUGGUGACAUAACUUUUCGGUAUUUAAAUUAUUUAAAUAAUUUGAAAAAUCCAAAAAAUGUAAAAAGUUAUGUUACUGUAUCGGAUAUUAAUCAAAAUAUGUUAGACGUUGGAAAACUACGAGCUAAAAAACUAGGAUUUACAAGUGAAAAUGGAUAUAAUAUAGACUGGUUACAAAAUGAUGCUGAGAAAUUAUCUUGUCCUGAUGAAUCAUUUACUGCUUAUACUAUCGCAUUUGGAAUUAGAAAUGUAACUCAUAUUGACAAGGUUUUAUCAGAAGCAUACAGAGUUCUUCAACCAGGAGGAAGAUUUUUGUGUUUAGAGUUUAGUCAUGUAACUAAUGAUUCUUUAAAAUGGCUCUAUGAUCAAUAUUCAUUUCAACUCAUACCUGUAAUGGGAAAAUUGAUUGCCGGUCAAUGGGAACCAUAUCAAUAUUUAGUCGAAAGCAUCAGAAAAUUUCCAAAACAAGAGGAAUUAAAAGGUAUGAUAGAAGAGGCUGGAUUUAGGCAGGUCACCUAUAAAAAUUUGACGUUUGGAGUAGUUGCUAUACACUCCGGAUUCAAAAUAUAAAAUAAUUGUCCACAAUUGCCGAUUAUUUUAUGCAAAUGAGGAACUGUAUCAAGAUUAGAUACAAUCGUAUGUAUAAUUAUGUAUUUACCAAGCGAAUUGAUAACAGUUAAUUUUAUAAAUAAAGAAUAUAUUUAAUUAUAAUCAA